CUUGUCGUCUGCGUAGUUGAAAAUAGUCUGCAUCCGCUGUGUUUUGGUAGUGACCGAAACUGUUAUCCGUGUGUUUCAUUCGAGAAAUAUUUAUGCGUGAACGCACAUUGCUCUAGUUCAUCUACAAACAUGUAGCGUCAUACACGCUAGCUUGUUUUCUGUGAUCGCUUCAAAAUGGUGUGAACUUUGCAACUGCGACUUCGAAUAUCAUGUUCGCGCAGCCCAACACAAGUGCGAAAGAUCAGUUCUUGGAACAAGCCAAAGCUGCCCGAGAAGAAAGGGCACAAGAAAGAAAGAGGGAACAAGCUGCAACUUCCAUACAGGCAUGUGUCAGAGGGUUCCUGGCACGACAGAGGUUACGGAAGGAAUUUCGAAAUGCGUUUGACUCAAUUCUUCAUAAUGGUGAUGGAGAUGCAGCCAAUCUGUGUUCCAAGUCAGCAUUGGAUAUUUUUGAAACCACAAGAAAAUUCCUUUUCACAUUCCAACCGGACAAAGACAGAGAGAGGUUCGAAAGGUUAUGCCGCUACAUUAUAGCGAGCAUGGACACAGAUUCCAUAAAGCAAAGCUACGUGUCCGUCGCAUUAAGCAAGGAACACGCUGUCUUUUGGAUUCAGCAGUUGAAGACAAUUCUUUGGAACUGCUGCAUCUAUGUGCAAGACCUAAAGCCGGAGUCUCCGCAGGAAGUGAAACCGCUAAUGCUCCACUUGCACAUUCUGGUAACAUUUACUAACACAUCUUCGUGGAGAGUACUCAAGGAUAAGUCCUGUGAACCACUACGUCCAGUCUUAAAUCAGCUCUGCAGCAAUGUCAUGCACUACCUGGUUGUGAAGGGCCUCUAUCCGACGCUACAGUGCUUGCUGGUCAGAGGCUUAGCCCGUGCCAAGCCCUCGCUGAAGAGAGCAGCGCUCAUGGCUGCAACAAACCUUGCACUCAGGCCGCUUCAUGCAACUCAACCCCAAGACGACUUCCUGAACUUGUUUUUGCUUCACAUUCUGUCAGUGCCUGCCUUGGCACAGCAUUUGCUGGCCAUUGCACCAGAGUCGAUAGCUCUACUGAAUGCCCACUCCAUAUUCAAGAGGACGCUCGACUUCCUCAUGGUAGAGCAGAACAUGCGCAUCAUCUUCAACGCACUCGAAGGGAACUAUGCACUCUGCCUGCUCGCUAACGUUGUGCACCUAGCUCACAUCAAUAUUGAGGAUCUCAGUUCACGGCUUCUAGAUUUCGUGCACGUUUCAACUAAGCUGCUUGAGAGUUGCCAAAAGUAUGUCGUCAACAAAAAGUCCAACCUGACGCAUUGGCAUCCCAUCCUCGGCUGGUUUGCUCAAAGCAUCGACCACGGCCUGCACGAGUCCUUGUGCAGCGUGAAGCAGCAGCUUCAGCUGCUCUGGAGUGGUCCCAUGAUUAAAGUUCUCUUCGGGCAUUUGGUGGAAAUGGUUUCGUCUGCGGAAGCUACGUCGCAAGUGGAGCAUGGUGGGCCCACAUCACCAGGUGUGGGUGGUGGUACAUCCAGUACCUCACGUAUUCAAGGCAUACUGAAGAAAGCCCUGGAACGCGCAUCCUCGGGGAGGACGUGCUGCGUGCAAUAUCGGCGUCUGGGAGCACCGGAAACCACGUCCGUGGCCCUCACCUGUGCCUUGUUUGAAACAGCACUUUCUAGUCUCACACAACUCAAACUGGAUAUUCUCACAGGCCUCUGCUAUCAAGACAUGGUGCUUCCUCAUUUGUGGAGGCUUAUCCACAGCCUGGGUCCUGGGCAUGGAGUGAAAGCAUUCUUGGAUCUCUUGGCAGUCACAACAAAGUCGACCGGUCCAGAAUUUCAGAUCCUUAUUCUGUUCUGUGACUGCGCGACGCACCUCAUCACCAUAUUGGAUGAUCUCGAGAUGUACGAACAGCAGCGCCCGUUUUCUUUGGACGACCUGGUUGCUGUGUCUUCGUUCCUCAACACGUUUGUUUUCAAGCUGAUAUGGAACGGUCUCAUUGAUCUCAAGUCUGUGAACACAAACCAGCUGCUCUCUUCUUCACACACUUUACUCAUGCUCUUGUACAAACGCGACUGUCGCAGGAGUUACACUCUGACAGAUCAUUGGCUUAUCAAAGAGGUCAGAGUUGGGCCGUUUAUGAACGAUCUCGAGAAAGGAAAGAAGGCAGCUCAGGUUCUCAUGCAGAAGGUGCCCCAUAUUAUACCACACAAAGAGAGGGUGGUGCUUUUUCGGAAGUAUGUCAACAAUGAGAAGACAGUCCUUGGGCUCACGGAGUCUGCAUGUGCGUCGUCGCAGUCGACACUUAUUACUGUACAUAGGUCAAGGAUUGUAGAGGAUGGAUAUCAGCAGUUAGCUAUGCUUCCUACACAAGCACUCAAAGGUGUCAUAAGAGUUCGUUUCAUCAAUGAACAAGGCUUGGAUGAGGCUGGAAUCGAUCAAGACGGAGUUUUCAAAGAAUUCUUGGAAGAAACUAUCAAGCGGGUCUUUGACCCUUCCCUUAACCUGUUUAGGGCAACAUCGGAGCAGAGAUUGUACCCAUCUCCGACAUCCAACAUCCAUGAGAAUCAUCUGUCCCUAUUUGAGUUUGUCGGGAAAAUGCUGGGCAAGGCAGUGUAUGAGGGUAUUGUCGUAGAUGUCCCAUUUGCGUCUUUCUUCCUGAGCCAACUUUUGGGUCAUCAGCACAGUGCCCUCUACAGCUCUAUCGACGAACUACCCUCCCUUGAUGCUGACCUCUACAGGAGCCUCACCUGCAUUAAGCAUUACGACGGCGACGUGCUGGACCUCGACCUCACAUUUUCUCUAAACGAGGACUGCAUGGGUAAACUGGUGACCCACGAGUUAGUGCCAGGAGGAAAGGUCAUCCCAGUCACCAAUGAGAACAAGAUCAGUUACAUCCACCUUAUGGCCCACUUCCGUAUGCACGUUCAAAUACAUGAUCAGACCCUGGCAUUCUUGCGCGGCUUCCGUUCCAUCAUUAACCCAGAGUGGUUGACCAUGUUCUCCACGCCAGAACUUCAGAGGCUGAUUUCGGGAGACAAUACACCCAUUGAUCUGCAAGAUCUGCGACGACACACCAAAUAUUUCGGUGGAUUCCACAACAACCACAGGCUCGUAAAUUGGUUGUGGGACAUCCUUGAACGUGAUUUCACGGCCGAGGAACACAGACUUUUCCUCAAGUUUGUAACGAGUUGCUCUAAGCCACCCCUGCUCGGAUUCGCCCACUUGGAGCCUCCGUUCUCAAUUCGAUGCGUCGAAGUCAGUGACGACCAGGAUACCGGUGACACCAUAGCCAGCGUCAUCCGGGGCUUCUUCACAAUUCGAAAGAAGGAUCCCGUCAACCGACUCCCAACCUCGUCAACUUGCUUCAACCUUCUCAAGCUUCCAAACUACCAAAAGAAAAGCACGCUCCGAGAGAAGCUUCGCUACGCCAUCACCAGCAAUACCGGCUUUGAAUUGUCGUGAACAACUCUGGCAUGCAAUACGGACAUCCUUUACGUAACGGCUUUCACUAGAGCACAGUGCUGUUUGCUUUGGAGGGUCACCUGCAACCCCGUAGGUGUGGUCAUUGUGCCUCUCUGUUGGGUGGAACUCCAAAGCAGGAAAUGGGGAAUGCGGAGCAAACAAUUGCUUAGUCUACGAUUACCAUCAAUGUGGUAGAAAAAACCCUUUUUUUUUUUUUUUUUAGUAUGCAGAAAUCAACACAAGCAUCACACAUUUUAUCAUCACAUUCCCGCAAUGUGGUGUAGCACAGAUAAGAUGUGCAUGAAUGUGCGGCUGGACUGUUAUGUACCAUAGUAGUAUAAGUUUAUUGGGUCUAUUCGGUCUUCUACAUUCCUCGUUUAGACCGUCCAUUUUGUGUUUUUAAACCACAAAGAUAGAGAGCUAUGAUAGUCACAACAUGCAUCAUUGCAUACUUUGCACAAAUUCAACUCUGGAGCAGCAACCUACGUUGUCUGUCUAAAACGUGCAAAUCGCUAACAGAAAGGUUUCUACGAGCAGGAACGAGAAAUAUUCCACAAAAAUUUUGGGUGCUCCGAUACUGACUGUCAUUGUAGUAGCGUCACCUGCAUCUGCAAAUUACUAAGAGUUACGUGUAGUAACAUUUGAUUAAUAAACUCUUCACUGGUGGGGCUUGCAGUUGUAACAUUAUGUAAAGUAUAAAAUAGGCACAAUGCCCUCAUAGUAUGCAUAGCCAGCACAUGUCAUGCAAUUAGAUGGAAGCGUGGGGCAUGGGCAACAACCACCUAGACAAGCAGUGCUCCUACUAAACAAUACUAUGUACCAAAAAGGAUUUAUAUUUUUCACAAAGCAGCUUCCUUUUACAGAUGAUGUCUAGAAUGAGGAAGAGGGAGGAACACAUUAGGGCAUAGCAGUUUUGUGAUGUUUUGCAAGAUCAACUACCUCUUCCCAUGUGAGAGUUAUUACUGUAGUUAUUAUGAUGAGGCAUUAUCUUUCACUGGCACAUUUUUUCUUUUUCCUUCUUUUGACGAUUAGAAAGGCCUCUUCGCUUUCCGUCUGGUCAGGCGGACGACGUAAAGAAGCUGCUUCGUGAAAAAUUGUCCUUUCUUGACAGUGGGAGCAUUCUGCGUUGCCUUAUCCUCCUUAUGUCACUUCAUGCACAAUGUGCCACCAACAGAGAAUUCUGCAAGGUGUUAAAAUGUAUCACCACGAUUCGGGGAAGCACAAUGGGUCCACAAAGCACUCUUCCGCUGAAACAUAUCACGUGGCUUACGGUUGUAUAAAAUGACUGUACAGAUGUAUAUAGAAUAAAAUACUCUUUCUGCAAAUG